GGGAACCACUAUCGAGCGUGCGCCGUAAGCGUAUUUUUAAGUGCACGCGAAGGCGCCAUGGCUGCUGCAGUCGUCUGCUGAAGUCUGAGUCUGCUGCCGGCGUCGUAACCGGCCCAUGACGGCCACCGUAACGUAUAACAUCACACUCGUGGCUGCACUAGGAGCCGUUUCGUGUGGCCGAUCGGUAACCGGCCGUACCUGAGAAGAUUUGCCAUGGAUGUCGUAUUUGUUGUCGCAGUGUUGACGUCUGCUGCCAGAUUAGGCUUAUGUAGGAGAGACGGUGGUUUACUCCUCGAACCACUCCCAAUUCAAGAUAGCGAGCCAUCGACCACGCCAAUGUUUUUGGAAGAGCCACAAGAUACUUAUGCCCUCCGAAAUCGUGCUGCAAGAUUAUGGUGCAAAGCUCGUCAUGCCCUCCAUGUUUAUUAUCUCUGCAACGGUAAAGAAAUGCAUCACGCAAAUGAACAGCAAUACGUCGAUCCCAUGACAGGAAUAUCACAAGUAGAAGUCAGCCUUGACAUCAGUAGAGAUGAAGUGGACGAGUAUUUCGAUUUGUACACGUGUUUCUGUCAUGCUUGGUCUUCUACCGGUAAAAUUAAGAGCAGAAAAGCCAUCGUUAGAGCUUCCUACUUGAAAAAGAUCUUCAUCAAUCAGCCUUUGAGUACCAGCGUUGAGAUUGAUGGUCAAAUUUCUCUCCAGUGUUUACCACCCGACGGUGUACCGACUCCAGAAGUGUUCUGGCUUAAGAACGGGGAGCAGAUCGACACGUACAAAGAUCCUAAUUUUAUUAUUUCCAACGAAGGAAAUCUGUUAAUUAGUCAAGUGCGUUUAUCAGAUAUGGGUAAUUACACUUGCGGUGCGAGAAACUUGGCCAAUCAAAGACUCAGCGAAACUGCCGUUUUGACCGUGUACGUUAAUGGAGAAUGGUCAUCGUGGAGCCCUUGGAACGAGUGCAGUGUUAGAUGCGGUCGUGGAAUUCAAACGAGACAUCGACUCUGCACCAAUCCUGCCCCAUUAAAUGGAGGAGAACAGUGCCUAGGUGAUGCCACACAAAGGAUCGACUGCACCAAUUUGUGCCCUCCUGAAGACGGUCAAUGGACGAGUUGGUCCUCUUGGUCUACUUGUAGUCCUGAUUGUAGACAUCACAAACGUCGUUCUUGUACUAAUCCUCCCCCUUCCAACGGUGGUCGGUAUUGUCCGGGCAAAGAUUUGGCUACCGCCAACUGCACAAAUGGAAUGUGUAGAGUUGGAAGAAUGAAUGACAGCCCUUUAAUAUAUGGAAGAACGGAGGAAGCUUCUCCUUCUCAACCCGACGUCGAUAUAUCCCUGUACGUUGGUUUAUUUGUUGCCAUUGCUGUAUUUAUCAUCGUACUCAUCAUGAUCAUUUUGCUGGUCAGAAAAAUUAAAGGUCACGAUUCUUCCAUAUAUAGUGUGCCUGUUACAGUUCAGCCAGAUUUAACUCAAAGCACUAGACAAAAUUGCCAUAACAACAAUGGAAAUUCUACAAAAUCUGUCCUCGGCAGAAUAGAAAAUGGAAGUCCAUUAGUUCCACUUUUUUAUCCAGCUCCAAUUUAUCCUUCCGGUGAUAUCUGCUGCAAAAGACAGAAUUGUGAACCUCUACUAGAAUCUCAACCGCCAGAGAUCAUUAACUUUAGUAAUAAGUCUAGUUCUGUAGAUUCCCCAAUGUUGUUAGGCUCUCAACAUAGUUCGACGUACGAUUCAAUAGCGCCAUCGGUUAGAAACUCGGUCAUGUCGCAGUUGCCAUCUUGUUUGGAAACAGAAUGUGUUUCAUGGAGUCAUAUCUCAAAAUGUGGUGGACGAAUUGAGUUGCCUUCGUCUGGUAUAACGUUAACUGUACCAGAAGGUGCUAUUAAGAAUAUUUCAGGAGAAGAUAUAUAUAUAGCUAUAUUAAGGGAUGAUAAAGACAGACCUAAACUGCCAGAUAAAUCAACAGUGUUGAGUCCGGUCAUUCAAUGUGGACCACCUGAUUUACAGUUUAAUAAACCUGUUAUUCUUAGUUUUCAACAUUGUGCUUUAAACCAUGAAAACUAUUUAUUUAAUGUAUAUAAAAGUGACAGUAGCCCAGAAGAGGAGAGUCCAAUUUGGCAGAAUUUAGUUACUGUAGGUCGAGAGACGAUCAACACCAACUUGUACUGCCAGUUGGAUUUGAAGCAGUGCCAUAUAAUAAUAGACAAUCUGGCUCGUUAUGUCCUGGUCGGUGAAUCAAAAUCUGGCUGUAAAGCCACAAAAUCGUUAACUCUAGCAGCCUUCGCACCUUAUCUUCAUUCAUCCGUUGAUUACAGUCUACGCUUGUAUUGUAUAGAAGCAACACAAGCUGCCUUAGAAGGUGUAGUCCAGAUAGAACAAAAAAUUGGUGGUAAACUCUUAGACCGUCCAAAGACAAUGCUGUUCCACGAUGGAGGUGCUAAUCUCUGUUUUUGCUUAGAAGAUAUUGGUCCCGGAUGGAAGUGUAAACCAGGAUCGAAUUAUCAGGAAAUCCCGUUUCUUCACGUAUGGAGUGGACAUCAGAAUAAUCUCCAUUGCUCGUUCACUUUAGAGCAUAUUGACCGAUCCAUUCAAAUGAUCGGUUGUAAUGUUCUUGUUUAUCAAAGAGGAACGCAAGCUCAUCGGCAGCUGUUGAGGAUUAACACAGAUUUGAAAGAGAAAAUACCGUCUAAUCCUGGAAGUGUUCAGUCAAUAGUCACGUCGAUCGGAUCUAAUACUCAAGUAAAAUUAGAUGCACCCUCAGAAGGAUUCAGGUUGAGUUCCGCCGUCAGGAAACAGUUGUGUAUCUGCUUAGAUCCUCCCAAUAGUAGAGGAAACGAUUGGAGGAGACUGGCGAAAGAAUUGGGGGUCGAUAGGUACAUUAACUACUUCGCUACAAAGAAAAGCCCCACUGAUCAAAUAUUGGAUCUUUGGGAAGCGAGGAACAGAGAUGCAGUUGCUUUAACAGACUUGUUGAACAUUCUUAGAGUGAUGGGAAGGUGCGAUGCGGCUUCUGCUGUAGAAAAACAUGUUGGUUCCUGGCUGUGAGAAACUAUUUAUUCUAACAUCGCUAUCCAGUCAAGAAGAAAACAAUAACACAAUGAGGCUGCAUUGAACUUUGUGAUAUAAUUAAUAAAUUUAAAAAAUCAGGAAGAUAAUCAAGUCACAAAGCGAUAAUGUUCAAGUUUAUGGAAAAUGGCCAUCAGAUUUUAAAAUUAAUCCUCAAAAUCUCCAAUUUUUUCGAAUUGUUAUACUGUAUAAAGGAGGGAGAGAGAAAACAGAAAAAAAAGGUCGUAACUAGUUAUAAAAAAGAUGAAAAACAAAUAUGUUUUUUAUAUAACUACUCUUUCAAAGUACAAAAGAAAUGUAUAGUCGAUUGUUUAAGUGUAAUUAGGCUUUUUCACUUUAGCGAUAUCACCAAUCGUACACAAGAGUAGAAUAGUAAGUUUUGCGUAAUUCACCCCUUAAACAUUAUAUUGAAAUAUGCUUUUUAUGUUAAUUUAAUGUGUAUGACUUAUUGAAAAAAAUGUUUACAACUCUUCAUAAAUGCAACCAGAAAUUUGUAAAUAAGUGUAAACUAUUUAACAAUGUUAAAACUGCAGCAGGAGAGAAGAAAAAUUUAAAUUAUUUUCCAACGAACGAGUAGAAUUAACACAAAGAAAAAUGCCGUAAAUGUUCUUAUUUGUUUGUUUUACGGAUUCUGUUAUUGUUAUCUUCCAUUGUUUGCUCUUUCACUUUUUAUGCAGUGUUCAACAAUUGUUUGCAGAUAAUUUAAGAAAUAAUAACAAUAGUAUGUUUAUAGUACAAAAUACAGGGGGAAAAUACUUUAUCAAAAGGUGCAAUAUCAGACUCGAAAAUGAUGAUGAUAAAAUUAAAAAAUUAAUAAAUAUGUUUAAAAACAAACAUAUUUAUUAAUUUUUAAAAUUUUUCCCUUAUUUUAAACCUUGUUAAUAGGACAUAAAAACUAUAUUCAUCUGUUAAUAACCAUUAUAUGUAUACAUUUGUUGUCUGAUGUUAAAAAAACAAAAAACUGUUAUUGCAUAACGAGAAAUGCACUAUUUGUAUCAUUUUAAAAGUGAAAAAACAAUGUUUUCCAUGUGUUAAUUAACACUAAAGUCUUGCAUCUUUGUUGCAAAUACCAAGGAGAAGAGAGGGGGGAAAAAACAAAAUUGUAAAUAAUUUUUCUAGAUUUUUUCAAAUUGUAGAAUAUGCAAUAUUGCCGAAAAGUCUUCCGGCAGAUGCAAUCGCUCGUUUGAUUACACUGCUCAUCACUUGUACCAAAACAAAACUCUAGAACCUCAGCGAGAACGUAUUGUUACUUUUGUACAGUAUAUAUUGUUGUAUAUUGUUUCAUUUAGAGUAAUAUAAAGAGCUAUACACAAUU